AUAUGGAAUCCAGUAGAUCGAAUUUGGUAUGAACGAUAGAAGGACGAGACCCGAUCGAUGUAGCGAAAAUGGGACAGCAGCAAGUGGGACGGAUGCCGCAGAACAGCGAGGCCCUGUACGAAGAGUGGCGAAGGGUCCUGCACUGGAGUGCGGAGGUACUCGCUCGGACGGACGAUAACAUCCUGGAGGAGGACUCCUUCCUCACGGACUACGAUUGCGAGAAAAUAGCUGCCAAGGUGGACGAUUGGCUAGUGCAGGUCGUCGGCGAGGCUGACGCUGAUCAGCCCAAGUUUCAGGAGCUGGCCAACCAAGUCAAGUACAAGAUGCGAAAGGACUACGACGCGGCCUACAAGGAGCUGCGAAGGUUCACGAAAUCGGUCGACGAUUUAGCCGACAUGCAGAAGUGCAUCCACGAGAAGAUUCUGGACCUCGAGAAAAUUCGGCCGAGUGACGGGAGCAAGUUUCGUCGAAAGUUCGGCCGACUUCGACUCAGAGUCUUCAAGAACCUCCGAACCACCGAGAAGAUGCUGUUUCGCGACAGGAGACUCAAGAAGGAGUUCGUUGGUAAGGUAUACGACGUCGACCACGAGAACAGGGACAUCCUCCAGAAGAAAGCGAAGAAACUGAUCGGCAACAACUGAACGUAAACAUAAUCCCCUAUACAAUGUACAUACGAUACAGCUACGAAAUCAGUCACUUUCGUAGCUCUAAGCUCUGUAAAUAAUAACCCCGUGAUCAAUAGUUAAAUAAAUCGUCCAAGUGUGUAUACAUGCA